AUGAACACGAUGAAGCAGUUUCUGCUCUUCGCUCUCUUGAUUCCAACCUCAUUUUCAUUCCCUUUUAUCGCGGAAGGGGCAUUUCAUGUCUCUGGAAGUUUGAGUUGCCACGGAAGACCGUAUUCGAAAAUGCCAGUUUACAUUUAUGAGAAGAACUUUUUAUUCGAAGAUAAAUUACUAAAAUCUGCAAAAACCAAUGAUGAUGGAUCAUUCUAUAUUCAAAGCUCUGGAGAAGAUUUGUUAUCAUUCAACCCAUACGUAUACGUGCCAAACUACUGUGGUGCCGUCCGCUCUCCUGAUGGAAUCUGUACUGUAAAAGCAAUGAUGGUCAGAAUUCCGGAGGAAAACAUCAGUCCAACACAUAUACCGAUUAUAUCAUAUCGAAUCGGAGAUAUUGAAUUGUCCGACAAAGUUCCUUACGAAGAAAUGGGAUUUGGAUCGAUAUUGGGAGGAGUUCUGUUGAAGAAUGAGCAUUGUAUGCGGGAUUAA